AUGGAAUCUCUGAGCUCGGUGAUGCUACAUGGCGCGCAGAGGUCAGAAAGACCCCGUUCUGGACAACACUGGGAUGCAAAGAAGGACACGUUGCAGCGAUUGUAUCUGAAAGAAAACAAGCCUCUAAGGGAGAUUGUUGUUAUUAUGAACCAACAGCACCUCUUCAUGGCAACGGAGAGGAUGUAUAAGCGGCAGUUCAUGAAGUGGAGAUGGCGGAAAUACAACUCCAAGGGUCUUCGACAAAGCCAGCUCAACGGCGACAGGGUGGAAAUGGUCGAAGGCGAGAUGACGUGUCAAAGAACACGCCGUAGGCGCCUGAGCCCCGAUCUGAGCCGAACUUCCACCGGAAGCCAAAAGACAGAUCCAUUUCCCAUGACAUCAACUAGUCUCUUGUAUGGGACAGAGAAGGAUCGGCUGUCCUAUGGGCUUCUUCUGAAUUUGCACGAUUUGAUACAAGGCGCUUGCCGUCAGGACCCCGAGUGGCACCGACGCGCUUGA